UCUUUCGAGAUUGUAUCCCUCAAUUCGUUUCUGAAAAUGGUAAUUUGAACAGUUGGCAGGCAAUCGGUAAAAGUUCCAACGUCAUUCCCGACAAGCCCAGAUGCCACGCCUGAGCCGCGGGUAGUUUUCACAGCUAGAAGCCACCACGGACCGUUUGCGAAUGGCUCAUCAAACUUUCCUCGCUGCCAGCUACGGCAGUGUUUGCUUUGCCGUGGGGCUAAGAGGCAGAAGGUUGAGGCGCGACUAGGCUUGACGCUACAUCUGGUUGCGGAAACAUGCCACUCAAAGGGCAGCACGUCGCCCAGAAUAGGCGUCGAGACAUGUUCCUUGGCCAGUCUAGAGCGGGCGAGACGGCGUUCGAGCCAUGAGGAAUAGCAAGGUUCCUCGGCGGCCAGGACUCUCCCUCUCGCGAAUAUAAGACCUUGUGAGGGGACGCCGAAGGUUGGAAUGCUUGACUCACUCCAUCCCUAGCUCGCAGUCUCACGAAUGUUGAUCGCACGUGGAUAGACUCAAAGUUCGGUAUAAAGACCGGAGAUCAACGCUUCACUAGUAAAACGUUUUCAACAACACCAAACGUCGCUCUCUACUGUUUCACUGCCAUUCACUCACACUCUUUCGUUUUCGUCGAUCACUUUCUUGUUCCAGACGUGCUUUCUAACGUCGUCUCACUCUCUUUUCAACACCAUCAAAUGGUCAACCGCAAGACUUCCGGCCUCAUGGCCGUGUUGACCACGGCCGCAACAGUUGCCGCCCACGGUCACGUCACCAACGUCGUCGUCAACGGCGUUUCUUACCGCAACUACAUCCCCGUACAGGACCCGUACACCAACAACCCGCCCCUUGUGGCCGGAUGGACUAUCGAGCAGCGUGACAACGGGUUCGUCGCUCCCAACGCAUACAACGCGCCGGACAUAAUUUGCCACAGACAAGCGGUCUCGGCAAGGGCCCGCAUCACAGUCGCUGCCGGCGACACCAUUCAGCUCCAGUGGACCGAGUGGCCGGAUAGCCACAAGGGCCCCGUCAUCGACUGGCUCGCGAACUGCAACGGCCCGUGUAACCUCGUCGAAAAGACCGACCUUCGCUUCUUCAAGAUCGACGGCGCCGGUUUGAUCAACCCUCCGCAGCGGGAGAACCGCUGGGCAGCGAGCGCCCUCAUCAACAACGGCAACGCCUGGCUCGUCCGGAUCCCGCCCAACGUCGCCCCUGGUCACUACGUUCUCCGCCACGACAUCAUCGCUCUCCACAGUGCCGGCCAGCAGAACGGCGCGCAGAGCUAUCCGCAGUGCAUCAACCUCGAGAUCACGGGUGAUGGCACGUACAACCCGCCAGGAACUCCGGGAACCGCUCUUUACAAGGCCGACGAUGCCGGCAUUCUGUACAACAUCUACCGGGACAACCUCAACGACUACGUGGUCCCCGGAGACGCCAUCAUCUCUGGCGGCGUUUCCAUGCUGCCACAGUCCCGGAUCCAGAUCACCGCCUCCGGCACCGCUACCCCUUAUGGCACAACCAGAGUCGUCCCUUCAUCCAGUACAACCCAGAUCGUGUCUUCAUCCAGCACAACCCGAGUCGUGCCUUCAUCUAACUCUGAGACCACCGCCAUCUCCUCAUCUGUCGCGACGAGCCCAUCUUCCAUAGAGGUUGAGACCAGCAUCACUAUCAGCUUGACCAACACCGUCACGGCAACCUUGACCACCCGAACAAGCAGCAACAGCCCGCCCAGCAGCACACCAGCACCCUCUCAAACCCCAAUACCGACAACACUGCAAACACAGACGACAACGGCCCCUCCAUCCGGAGAGCCUGUACAGGGCUUGUACGGCCAGUGCGGUGGCGUCAACUACGCCGGCCCUACCAAGUGCGUUGACUACGCGACCUGCUCGACGGUGAAUCUGUACUAUGCGCAGUGCACCCCUGCUCCCGUACCAGCUGGAUCACAGUCUCUGUACGGUCAGUGUGGCGGAAUGAACUGGCCAGCAGCGAGCCCGACUGCAUGCGUCCAGGGGGCUCGGUGCUCCACGGUCAACCCUUACUACGCCCAAUGUACUCCUGCUUGA